GCCGCGUGGGAGCCGGGUGUCCCUGGCCUCUCCCGAGGCGCCCCGGGGCUGCCAGUGAGCAGGCAGGCCGUCAGGGCCUGGCACUAGUCCAACAGGGAGCUAAUGAUCAACCGGCCCGGCCAGGAGUCUGUGCGGCUGGGCUGCCUCUCGACCCGGCCCCCAGGCGCAGAGGAAGUGGGGCAGGAAGCAGGGGCGGCCGAGCAGUCAGCCCGGCUGUAGGCGGCCGCUGCCAGCCCUGGCCAGCUAGAGACGGCCCUGCGAGCCAGCCUGCCCUGUGCCGAGCCGGGAGUGGCGCCGUGUCCUCCGGCCUGGCGGGCCUGGGAGGCGUCUCUGGGCAGCGGAGGACAGAAGGCUGCUGAGCAUGCCGGGCCCUUGGCUCUGAGGCUACCACGUGACAUGAAUGGCCCCGCAGAGCUGACCCCUGCGGAGCCAGCUGCCAUGGGCAGGGGGUCGGGGGGACCCUCCGGGGACUGCAGCAGCCGCGAUCCCGUGCAGAGCGCAGCCGCAGGCACACUGAGGGAAACCAAGGAGACCGGCGGAGUGGAUGCGGCUCCUCCUGGCACAGCGGGGCCGGCUGAGACCCUUCCUGGACAGAUGGCCGCGUGUCCCACAGACCUGACCUUACAGCUGCAGGCCGUGCGCAGGAAGAGCGGGCACCCAGACCCCGGCCUGCAGCAGGCCCUGCGUGGCCGCCUGCGCCUGCUGGAGAAUGACAGCCGGGAGGUGGCCCGCGUGCUCGGGGAACUCUCGGCCCGGCUGUUGUCCAUCCACAGUGACCAGGACAGGAUCAUGGUGACGUUUAAGACCUUUGAGGAAAUCUGGAAGUUUUCCACCUACCACACUCUUGGCUUCACGCACCACUGCCUGGAGGCGCUGCUGGUGGACGCCACCUUCUGGCUGCUGGCGCCUGGCGAGGAAGAGGAGACAGGCAUUCGUGUGCAGGUGGCUGAGGACGCCCUGAGGCUGAUGCAGGAGAGCCUCCUCAUCCAGGAAGGGCCCUUCUUCGUCCUGUGUCCUGACCACCACGUGAGAGUGAUGCCUGGUGCCCAGGGUGCAAAGAAGGGGCCUCCACCCCUCAGACGGGCUUCGGGGGAUCCCCCAGGAGAGGCCACCCCAGCAGCAGGCUCCUCGGCCCCCAGCCCCAGCGCGGCACCGGAGGAACCCUUGAUUCCGUUCCAUCAGUGGGCUCUGAGGGUCCCCUGGGACCCCACCGCUGUCAACUCAUUGGGUGGACCUGAGACCCCCGACACACAGCUGAUGGGAACCGUGCCUCUUUCAAACCUCACCAGGCGGAAGUUGGACUCAGGGAGCCUGCGAGGGCAGAGGGACCCCGAGCACCCACGUGGCCCCGUCCCGACUGUGUCUCCUCCUGCAGGCCGUGGCCGGGCCUCCGCGGUGGCUGACUGGCAGAGCUCGGGCCCCGAAGAGCUGUCCCUCCAUGCCGGUGACCUCCUGGAGCUCCUCAGUGCCCAGGUGCCCGGCCUGCCCUGGUGUGUGGGCCGGCACGUGGCCUCGGGCUGUGUGGGCUUCGUGCCCACGAGUGUCAUCUGCCCGCAGGACCCUGCGUCUGAGUUGGAGGGUGCAAUCUUCCUGGAUGAGGAGGAACGGUCAUUCUUCAGCAGCGAGGGCCACUUCUCUGAGGAGGACGCCCGGCAGCUGCUGGGCAGGACAUCGGGCAGGGACGUGUGCACCGUGUACCGCUUGGACAGACUGGAAGAGGCUGAGAGUGAGCAACCACAGGAACAAGAGGCGUCACCCUCUUGCCCAACCCCAGAGCUACAAGACACCCUGCACACAGUGAGGGGCGUCCUCCAACAGUGCAAGACCUGCCCGGGCCACCCUGAGGAGCCCGUGCUCUGGGACCCCCCAGCAGUGUCCAGCAGCUGGAGUUUGCCGGUCUCCAAGGAGACCCCCUUCUACCUGGACGCCGAGGAUGGCUGGUCCAGCCCCAGGGCCCUGGGCUUGCUGCUGCAGUUCCUGAACGCACCCGGGUACGAGGCCGGCUAUCGUGGCCUGUAUGAUGCCCCACUGUCCUGGCUGAGCAGCCUGUCCAAGGGCUUCGCCGAUGAAGAGGAGCUGGCCGACUGCCUAGCACAGGCCCGGGGGGCAGCCAAGAAGGCCGGGCUCAGCAUGGCCCUGGCCAGGCUCUGCUUCCUGCUGGGGCAGCUGUGCGUCCGGAAGCUCAAGCUGUCCCAGGCCCGGGUGUACUUUGAGGAAGCCCUGGGGGCCCUGGGGGGCGGCUUCGGGGACCUCUUCUUGGUGGUGGCUGUGUACACCCACCUGGCCAGCGUCUACCUGAAGCAGAAGAACAGGGACAAGUGUGCGCAGGCGGUGCCCAGGGCUGCGGCCCUGCUCCUGGGGACGGCGGGCCACGCGGGCAGCACUGAGGCCGAGGCCGAGCUCCUGAAGUUCGCGCUGCGCCGCGCCAUCAUCGCCCAGAGCCCACAGGCCGAGGCUCGGGCCUGCUUCUUGCUGGCGCAGCACCAUGCCCGUCUCAGGCAACCUGAGGAGACCCUGCCCUACCUGGAGCGGCUGCUAGUCCUGCACAAGGUCUCAGGGGCCCCGCACGCGGUGUGGCCCGUGGGCUGCUACCUGCUCCUGGCGGACACCUACAGCAGGAAGUGCCUGCCCCACCUGGCGCUGAGCUGUGUCAGGGCGGCCUCCCUGGGGACGAGGGGCUCACUGGCCAGCUCCCUGUGGAGCGUAGACCUGGUCCUCCAGAACGCCCCCCAGCUUCAGGCCCAGAGCGGGGCCCCCUGCCUUCCCGCGCAGAUGGCCCAUUACCUCAGACAGGCGCUGACCUCCUCAGCCGUGGGCCCUGGGUGGGUGCUGCGUGGUGCCCUCUGUGCCAGCCUGGCCCAGCUGCACAGCCACCAUGGACAACACGGCCAGGCUAUUGCCUUCAUGACACAGGCAGUGGACGCCGACGCCACAGCGGGGGCCCGCCGCGUGGUGGUCCACGUGGUGGCCCUGGCCUGGCUGCACAUGCUCCAGGGACGGAGCCUGGUGGCCCUAGACAUCCUGGAGUCUGUCCUGGAUGCAGACCUGGCCAGUGAGGACCAGGAAGGCGUGAUAGCCAACAUGGCAGCCAUGGCCCUGAAACGGACGGGCAGGACCCGGCAGGCGGCCGAGGACUACUACCGUGCCCUGCGCGUAGCCCGGCACCUAGGCCAGCGGCAGAACCAGGCGGUGGUCCUGGCCAACUUCGGGGCCCUGUGUCUGCAGGCCGGCGCUGGCAGGCUGGCCCAGCACUACUUCCUAGAGGCCAUCGGGGUCUUCUCACCGCUGCCCAGCAGGGAAUGUGGCCAGGACUUCACGCAGGUGUUGCUGUGGACGGGCCACCUGUAUACCCGCCGGGGCCUCACGCAGCAGGGCAAGUGCUACUACCAGUGGGCGUUUCUGGUUGCCGUGGAGACAGGCCAUCUGGAGAGCCAGCUGCAAGCUGUCCAGCGGCUCUGCCACUUCCACAGCUGCAUUGCCCCUGAUGAGGCACAGUGCGUCGUCUACCUUGAGCUCCAGCUUACGCUGGCCCGGAGGGCGGCCGACAAGGCGCUGGAGGGGCAGCUCCUGGAGGCCAUCAGCCGGCUCUACCUGUCCCUGGGCACUGAGCGGGCCUACAAAUCCGCUCUGGACUAUACCAAGCGCAGCCUGGGGAUAUUCAUCGACCUGCAGAAGAAGGAAAAGGAGGCAUAUGCCUGGCUGCAGGCAGGGAAGAUCUACUACAUCCUGCGCCAAAAUGAACUGGUGGACCUGUACAUCCAGGUGGCACAGAACGCAGCCUUGUACACAGGGGACCCCAGUCUGGGGCUGGAGCUGUUCGAGGCAGCCGGAGACAUCUUCUUCAACGGGGCCUGGGAGCGGGAGAAAGCCGUGUCCUUCUACCGGGACCGGGCGCUGCCCCUGGCUGUAACCCUGGGGAACCGGGAGGCGGAGCUGCGGCUAUGUAACAAGCUGGUGGCCUUGCUGGCUGUGCUGGAGACACCCCAGGAGGGCCUGGAGUUUGCCCACGAGGCCCUGGAGCUCAGCAUCACCCUGGGCGACCAGCUGAACGAGCGUGUGGCCUACCACCGGCUGGCCGCCCUGCACCACCGGCUGGGCCACGGCGAGCUGGCCGAGCACUUCUACCUCAAGGCGCUGUCGCUGUGCCGCUCGCCCCUGGAGUUUGAGGAGGAGACGCUGUACUACGUGAAGGUGUACCUGGUGCUGGGCGACAUCAUCUUCUACGAGCUGAAGGACCCCUUCGAUGCGGCUGGGUACUACCAGCUGGCGCUGGCAGCAGCCGUGGACCUGGGCCACAAGAGGGCGCAGCUGAAGAUCUACACGCGGCUGGCCACCAUCUACCAUCACUUCCUGGUGGACCGGGAGAUGUCCCUCUUCUUCUACCAGAAGGCCAGGACCUUCGCCUCCGAGCUCAACGGCCGCAGGACCGACCUGGCCCCACAGCGCUUCUGGGCCCGCGCCCCGUGGCUGGCCCCGGGACCCCCACCCUGAGGGCUGAGCGCUGAGGGCGGCGAGGGCGGUAGCCGGCCGCCCCAUCAAGCUGCUGGGAACGGGGAGGAAGGGCCGCAGAGCAAUAAAGGUGUUUUCAGUAACUU